AUGGACAUCGACGAACCAAAGGACAACAAGCGCCUUGAGUUGCAGGCUAGAAUCAGAGAAGAGGGAAAUAUCCCUUCUGUGUCACGCAGCCCGCUCCGUUCAAGCAGCUACCCUAUCUUCAAUGAGGAAGAGCUUUCAAUUCUUUUGGACUGGGAAGCUCUUAAUAGAUACCGGCUGGUCCGGUAG